AUGAACCAGGAACCGACGUCAUCAGUAUUAGAGCAUUUCCGCCAGCAGUGGCAACAGGAAGUUCAUGCUCGGACACAGCAGAAGCCAGCUGGAGGCUCCGGCCAUACCGGAACCAAACCUGAGAUCGACCAGGUAGCAAGAUCCGAGAGACCCAUUACUAAGCCGCCGACACGGCAUCCUUCGGCGGACCAACAUACUGAAGAUAAUGUUGAACCUGAAGCUUACGGGCGGAGUACAGCUACAGAAAAGCUUGAGCGCUUGGCAAUACGGGACGCUGAUGAAGACGAGUUUUCGAAACUUGGACGAGAUGAGCCAAAGACUGCUCUGGAGCACUACGAACGGGCGGUAGAGAAGGAAGGUCAGGGGAGCCUUGGCGUCAGCCUGUCUCACUAUCGCAGAGCUUUCAGACUUGACGAAAACGUGGAUAAAGCCUACAAGGAAAAACACUUUGCCCACAAAUGGAAGCAGCCAAAGCCGAACCCGUCCAAUGCCGCUCCAACUGUGCCAUCCACUGCCCAUCAUUCCCUAGCCGAAGCUGGCCGUGACUCAUUACCACGAACCACGGCCGAGCUCAUUUCUAGCUGGGCAGAUUGCGACAUACCAAAUGCAGAACCAAUGAUUGAGGGAGACAUACCGCCUCCUUGUCCUAUCAGGAGGUUGCCCACUGAGGUCCUACUCGAAUUGCUUCGUACUAUUGCUAUCAGGGACGUUUCUGUGUUCGCCCGGUUAGCUUCUGUCUGCAAAAGCCUGGCGUUUCAUGUGCAUUCCGAAAACUCGAUCUGGAAAAGAGUUGCGCUUGGUGCAGAAUUUGGUCUUGCAAGUCAGAAUUAUCACUUCAAAACUGAUAUUCAAGGCCGACCAGUAAUAUGGAAAGCUCUCGAAGAUGACGACGAAGACGUACGACCAGUGGCUCCAAUACCCGCCCAGCUCUUGUCGGAAGCGCAGGACUAUCGAGAGUUGUUUCAUUCGUAUCCUCGUAUACGCUUCACUGGUGUGUACAUUUCAACAGUAAACUAUACACGUUCUGGUGGAACGUCGGUAACGCCUGCCACCUGGGGCUCGCAAGUACACAUAGUUACGUACUAUCGCUACCUGCGCUUCUUCCGAAACGGUACCCUAAUUUCUCUGCUGACAACUCAUGAACCAUUGGAGGUUGUUCACUUGUUGACUCUAGAAAAUCUUGCGAUCGUGCGAUCAGGAAACACAAAGUACUCUGCAAACACCCACCACUUCGCCAAUGCAGGCUAUACUGUCUCAACCCAUCCAAAUGCACCUCCACCAUCUGCUCAAGCCAUUCUCAAGCAUGCUCUCCGUGGUCGAUGGCGGCUGUGCCAUGACUCUCUCGAGUCGAUCGAGAUUGGCUCGAAUACGGCAGUACCUGGGGACCUUCACAUCGAGACAGAAGGUGGAGCUGGUCCGAGGUACAUGUACACGAUGCAUUUGUCUUUAAAACAUGGCAAUACCAAAAACAGACUUGCCACCAAGAACAACAAGCUGGUAUGGAAGGGAUUUUGGAGUUACAACACUGUCACCAACGAUUGGGCUGAGUUUCAGCUUAGGAAUGACAAGGCCUUCUGGUUUUCGAGGGUAAAGAGUUAUGGCCUGGGGUACUGA